AUGGAGGAGCGAUCUACCGCCCCAAUAUCAGACAGCUGCCUUGGCUGGAAGAACAUGCAGCCAAUGCCAGUGAAGUCAAGGCCUGGUGCAAUGCAAGUCAUGGACGAGACAGGGAUUUUUUCGGUUGUUUGUGGACAUGGAAUUGUUCAAUUCCUGAUCGACAUGGUCCAAAGUGGGGAGUUGUAA